AUGAACCCAUUUGGAACCUUAACUACUAACCAUAGCUCGUGGCCCGUUUUGCUGUUCAUUUAUAAUCUCCCUCCGUGGUUGUGCAUGAAGCGAAAGUAUGUUAUGCUGAGUAUGAUGAUAGCUAGUCCAAGACAACCAGGUAAUGAUAUUGACGUAUAUCUAAGACCGUUAAUUGACGAUUUGCGGAAAUUGUGGGAUGAAGGGGUUGAUGUAUGGGACGCAAAUUUGCAGCAUGCUUUCAAGUUGCGUGCAAUGGUUUUUUGUACCAUCAAUGACUUUCCAGCCUACGGAAAUUUAAGUGGAUAUAGUGUCAAAGGACAUCACGCAUGUCCUAUAUGUGAGCAGAAUACUAGUUUCCGCCAACUUAAACAUGGAAAGAAGACUGUGUAUACUAGGCAUCGAAGAUUUCUCAAACAGUAUCAUCUGUAUCAACGCUUGAAGAAGGCAUUCGAUGGAAGUCAAGAACAUGAAACCGCGCCAAAUCCAUUAACUGGUGAUGAAGUAUAUCAGCGGGUCAAGGAUGUCGUAAAUAUGUUCGGCAAGUCCCAAAAAAAACCAUCAUCCACUUCAAACAUGUGGAAAAAGAAGUCUAUUUUCUUUGAUCUUCCGUACUGGUCCGAUCAUCAUGUUAGGCAUUGUAUAGACGUCAUGCAUGUCGAGAAAAAUGUUUGUGAUUCUUUAAUUGGGACCCUCCUAAACAUUAAAGGCAAGACAAAGGAUGGUUUCAAGUGUCGUCAAGACUUGGUUGACAUGGGUAUACGUCAAGUGUUGCAUCCUAUCUCAAAAGGUAACAAGACAUAUCUGCCCCCAGCCUGUUACACAAUGUCAACAGCUGAAAACAGAAGUUUUUGUGAAUGCUUGUGUAAUAUCAAAGUCCCACAAGGCUACUCUUCAAACAUCAAGAGUCUUGUGUCUGUGAAUGAGCUUAAGUUGGUUGGCUUGAAAUCACAUGAUUGUCAUGUGUUAAUGCAACAACUUUUGCCUGUUGCAAUCCGCGGAACAUUGCCUGAGAAGGUCCGUGUUGCAAUCAGUUGCUUGUGUUUCAUUUUUAAUGCUAUAUGUGCCAAGGUCAUUGACCCUAAACAGUUGGAUGCUUUGGAAGAUGAGGUUGUCGUUGUCCUUUGUCAAAUGGAGAUGUUUUUCCCUCCUUCAUUUUUUGACAUUAUGGUACACUUAGUUGUUCAUCUGGUAAGGGAAAUAAGGUGUUGUGGUCCUACGUAUUUUAGAUGGAUUUAUCCAGUUGAGCGGUACAUGAAGGUCUUAAAGGGUUAUACGAAGAAUCGACAUCGACCAGAGGCCUCAAUAGUGGAAAGAUACGUUGCUGAAGAAUGCAUUGAGUUUACCUCACAGUACAUUGACUCAUUGAAACCUGUCGGUGUUCUUGCAUCCCGGCAUGACCAGCCAAUAGCCGGCAAGGGUACUCGUGGAUACAAUGUUGUGACAAUGACUAGACAUGACGUGUCACAAGCACAUUUGUAUAUAUUAAACAACACAACAGAGGUGUUUCCGUACAUAGAGGCUCACAAAAAACAUGUUUGA